AUGGCGUCGCUCCUACCUUUUACGCAGAUUAGGGCAAACUCUGUUAAUUUUUUCAUGAGAAGAAACCAACAAGAGCUAUGGAAAACAUUAACAAGUGUCUCCAAGUCUGGUCAGAAAAAAGGAAGAAGAAACACUAGGCAGCAAGUUCGCCCUCUUCAAAACUUCUACAGAAUUGGAUCAAGUCCCAUGAAAGUUCAAUAUCCCGGGCUUAACGCUCCUCUAAACGUUACAGUUAGCGAACCUGUGAGUGUUGUAGAGCAGGACGAAGAUGAAGCCAAAUCUUCUCUAGGACUUAUCAGAACAAAAUUAGAGGAGAGAAAAGAUACCGGAAAACGUCGUAAUCGUGAAAAGCUUCACCCACUUGAACGGGGAUUCAGUGGAACGCAACUUGUGGGACAGAAGCUUGGUCCCCCACCUCCAAUUGAUCAGACCAAUUUUGAUGAUUUUGAAUCAUUCUGUCUUGAGGUUAAAAGAACUUCGAACAUGACAAAAGUUUUCGGUAGAGUUCACACAAUGUCAGCUUUAGUUAUCACAGGUAAUGGUAAUGGUUUGGCAGGAUAUGCUGUGGGAAAGGCUCCUAUUCAUCGUACUACCACUGCCAUAAUCGACGGUAUGAAUAUGGCUUCGAAGAAACUGUUUUUCGUUGAUCUACACGAAGGAAGAACUAUUUAUCAAGACUUCUACGCUGAGUGUAGGAACACGAGAGUUUUUGCUCAAAGAAGACCUCCAGGUUUUGGACUCACUUGUCACCCACGUUUGAUGAAGAUUUGCGAAGUGAUCGGAAUCAAGGAUAUAUAUGUGAAAGUUGAAGGUUCAACAAAGAAUUACCUCGCUCUCACUCAUGCAUUCAUCACUGGACUUUUAAAUCAAGAAUCUCAUCAGAAGUUGGCUGAGAGAAAGGGCUUACACGUUGUUGAAAUGUCGCCCUCAAGGCAUUUCUUACCACAAAUCGUUGCUUCUCCUAUUCUCACUCCUCUCAAAGAAGAAGAUGAACUGGACGAACUUGAUCGUUUGAACCUUGAUGACUUUUAUGGUGAAGGACGUUAUCCUCUUCGCAAACCCAAACAGCUCCCCUUCUACGCCAAUACUCCUGGUCAUUUAGACGCUCAAUGGAGGAAACAUCCUUUCAGAAACCACGAAGAAGUUAUGGUUCGUCUGCUAGCUGAUGAAGUUGUGCCAAGAUGGACUCGAGAUGCCCGAAAAAAUUGGGCUGCCGAUAACCAUGAGAAGGGUGUAGUAGGAGUUAAGCCUAUUCCUCUCGGUAUCGGCUUAUCUGGAAUCGUAGAGAAAGAAGAGUGA